GUCACCCUCCUGAAUCCAUGCACCAACAUGAAGGUCUGUGACGAGGACCAGAACAACUGCACGGUGCCCACGUAUCCCUCGUGCCGCGACAGCGAGACCUUCAGCGCCUUCCUCCUGGACCUCUUCAAGCUCACCAUCGGCAUGGGUGACCUGGAGAUGCUGAGCAGCGCCAAGUACCCCGUGGUCUUCAUUCUCCUGCUGGUCACCUACAUCAUCCUGACCUUCGUGCUCCUGCUAAACAUGCUCAUCGCCCUCAUGGGGGAGACCGUGGGCCAGGUGUCGAAGGAGAGCAAGCACAUCUGGAAGCUGCAGUGGGCCACCACCAUCCUGGACAUCGAGCGUUCCUUCCCCGUGUUCCUGAGGAAGGCCUUCCGCUCCGGAGAGAUGGUGACCGUGGGCAAGAGCUCGGAUGGCACUCCAGACCGCAGGUGGUGCUUCAGGGUGGACGAGGUGAACUGGUCUCAUUGGAACCAGAACUUGGGUAUCAUUAACGAGGACCCCGGCAAGAAUGAGACCUACCAGUACUAUGGCUUCUCGCACACCGUGGGGCGCCUCCGUAGGGAUCGCUGGUCCUCGGUGGUGCCCCGCGUGGUGGAGCUGAACAAGAACUCGAGCGCAGAUGAAGUGGUGGUGCCCCUGGAUAACCUAGGGAACCCCAACUGUGACGGCCACCAGCAGGGUUAUGCUCCCAAGUGGAGGACGGAGGACGCUCCGCUCUAGGAGCCCUGCCAGGGCUGGGGCAGAUAGCCCAGGUUGGCCCUGGCUACACUUACAUUUCAGCAUUUGUCCCGUGUCUUCCCACACACACAUGGGACCUCGGAGGUGAGGGCCUCUGUGAAGACUCUGGGGAGGCCCCAGGACCCUCUGGUCCCCGCCAAGACUUUUGCUCUCAGCUCUACUCCCCUCCACAAGAGGGACGGGGCUCCUGGCUACCUGUCUCACUCCCAUGGAGUCGCCUAAGCCAGCUCAGGGCCCCUCCACGCACAGGGCUCAGGCCCCUAUCUCUCUUGUGUAUUAUUUAUUGCUCUCCUCAGGAAAAUGGCAUGGCGGGGGUCCACCCGCAGCUGGAACCUGGCCAGGGGACGCUGCAGCCCCGACCCACUGCGGAUCUGACCCGCUGCAGCCCUGGCUAGCGUGGGUUUUCUGGACUUUGUAGAGAUCGGGGGCCGCUGGUGCUCAAUAAACGUUGGUUUAUUCUUGGUGGA